AUGUCAGAGGGAAAGAUAGACGAAUUCAUGGCCAUCACUGGCGCUGAUGACGCAGCCAUUGCCACUCAAUUCAUCGAAAUGGCAGACGGUAACUUGGACACUGCCAUAUCAUUGUUUUUCGAAAAUGGUGGAGCUGCUUUACUGAGUAGUAAUAAUACGCCAGCUCCAUCCAAUUCAGCUCCUAUGGCAUCUAUCUCAGCAGAUGCAAAUGCAGAUGCACAAUUGGCGGAGAGGCUACAAAGGGAAGCUUAUCAACAACAACAGCCCGAGCAAGAUUAUGUCAGGCCACCUGAUGAGGCAAGACAUGAAGUACUUACUGAGACUUCAGGAUUCCCAAUUUCUUAUGGCGGCAUUGGGGGAAGGUUUGAGCCAUUGCAUAGGGUAAACGAUAUGUUUGAUGAAGGAAGACCGGAAAGCAUUUUUAAUCAACGGUUGGAUGCCACAAACACUAAUACAUACAUCAAUGAUAACUCUUCAGAUUCUUUGGAGUCUGAAGUGGAAAACGAUGACGACGAAUAUGAGUAUGUGGAAGAGCCGGUUAUCGAACUUGACGAAGACGGCAACAUUAAGGAGUAUACCAAAUUAGUGAGAAAGCCUAAAUUUAUUUCUAAGGAGCAGAAGUUGGCUUUAUUGUUUAAGCCUCCAUUUUCGAUUAUGUCCAAACUCGAUUUAGACGCCGCAAAGCAAAAGGCAAGGACGAAGCAAAAAUGGAUAAUGAUUAACAUUCAGGAUUCAGGAAUCUUUCAAUGCCAAGCCCUCAACAGGGAUUUGUGGUCGUCCAGACCGGUAAAAACUAUUAUCAAAGAGAAUUUCAUUUUUUUACAGUAUCAAUAUGAAUCUCGUAAUGCUCAGCCCUAUCUACAGUUUUAUCACUUGAAUAAUAAGGAUGAUUUACCUCAUAUCGCCAUACUGGAUCCAAUCACUGGUGAACGUGUCAAGCAAUGGAAUAGGGUUGUUCCCAUUCCAGAACAAUUCAUCUCGGAAAUUAAUGAGUUUUUAGCCUCAUUUUCGCUAGAUCCCAAGGUCACUAAUCCUACGGUUAAUGAACCUCCUCCUAAAGUGGAUCCAACAACUUUAACUGAAGAGCAACAAAUGGAAUUAGCCAUCAAAGAGUCACUAAAUAACAACUCGGUCGAAUCAAACCAAGAAGAAGUACCGAAUACUGGUGAAGGACAGAAACAAGUACAAGAAAUGGAUCCAUUUAGUACAAUUGAAGCCAGAGUACAUCCAGAACCGCCGAAUAAACCAGGAAUCACCACAAGAAUUCAAAUACGUACCGGUGAUGGCUCCAGACUAGUUCGUAGAUUCAAUGCUCUGGAGGACACCGUGCGUACUAUUUAUGAGGUUAUCAAGACAGAAAUGGAUGGUUUUGUGGAUUCAAGAUUCACACUGAAUGAUCAUCAAAGAGAGGAUUUAAUUGAUAAACUAAAUAUGACCAUAGCGGACGCCGGCUUAAAAAAUAGUUCUCUACUAGUUGAGAAACUUGAUCCCGAGUAG